AUCAAUGUUUAUGUGAAGUGAUAAAAGUGAUUUUCUUGUGGAAAAAUGUAAAAUUUAUAUAUUAAACAGUAAAAAUAAUUAAAAAACUUUUAAUAGAACUGAAAAUCCAAUACAAGUUAAUAAGAAAACAUAAAUGUUUUUAAAUAAAUCCGUAGUUUUGGAAAGAAAUCAGAUAGAAUAAAAUCUAGGUGGGGCCAAUUGCCAGCAAGAAAACAAUUGAGACUACCGUGCCUUAGAUAUCACAACUUGUGGAAAACUGAUAAAAUAAACAAUCAAUAUGGCAAGACCCAUUUAUCCAAAUCAGCAAAAAAUUGCUGAAAAAUUAAUUAUAUUGAAUGAUCGAGGCUUGGGUAUUUUGACUAGAGUCUACAACAUCAAAAAGGCUUGUGGUGACACCAAAUCUAAACCAGGUUUCUUGUCAGAAAAGUCCUUAGAAUCUACUAUUAAAUUUAUAGUAAAAAGAUUUCCCAAUACUGAUGUGAAAGGCUUAAACGCUAUUCUGAAUAUAAAAGCAGAAAUAACAAAAUCAUUAUCUUUAUAUUAUCAUACUUUUGUGGAUUUGCUGGAUUUUAAAGAUAAUGUAUGCGAACUGCUCACUACCAUGGAUGCUUGCCAAAUACAUCUGGAUAUUACACAAAAUUUUGAAUUAACAAAGAAUUAUCUUGAUUUGGUGGUUACAUAUGUUUCUUUGAUGAUACUUUUGUCUCGGGUAGAAGAUCGUAAAGCUGUGUUGGGCCUUUAUAAUGCUGCAUAUGAACUGCAAAACAGCCAGUCCGAUCCUGGUUUUCCACGUCUGGGCCAAAUGAUUUUGGAUUACGAAGUUCCAUUGAAAAAAUUGUCGGAGGAAUUUAUACCUCAUCAACGUCUACUAACAAAUGCCUUGCGUUCUUUGACCACUAUCUAUCCGCUGCGUAAUCUCCCGGCUGACAAAUGGCGUGAAAUGCAAAAACUUAGUUUAGUUGGCAAUCCAGCCAUUCUACUCAAGGCGGUGCGCACUGAUACAAUGUCUUGUGAAUACCUGUCUUUGGAAGCUAUGGAUCGUUGGAUUAUAUUCGGUCUUCUCUUGAACCAUCCCAUGUUAGCCCAGUAUCCAGACGUUAAUAAAAUUUGGAUUUCAGCUUUGGAAUCUAGCUGGGUUGUAGCGUUAUUCCGCGAUGAGGUUUUGCAAAUACAUCAGUAUAUACAAACAUUUUUCGAUGGCAUUAAGGGGUAUAAUAAACGUAUCGGCGAGGUUAAGGAGGCCUAUACAAACGCUGUACAGAAAGCGGCUCUAAUGCAUCGGGAACGUAGAAAGUUUUUGCGUACUGCUUUGAAAGAAUUGGCAUUAAUUAUGACCGAUCAACCGGGAUUGUUGGGCCCCAAAGCUAUUUUUAUAUUUAUUGGACUGUGCUUGGCUAGAGAUGAGAUUUUGUGGUUGCUGAGACACAAUGAUAAUCCUCCUUUGUUGAAGAAUAAAGGCAAGAGUAAUGAAGAUCUCGUUGAUCGUCAACUGCCAGAAUUAUUAUUCCAUAUGGAGGAAUUACGUGCCCUGGUACGCAAAUACAGUCAAGUGAUGCAACGUUAUUAUGUGCAAUAUCUUUCGGGCUUCGAUUCUACAGAUCUAAAUAUACGCAUGCAAAGUCUACAAAUGUGUCCAGAAGAUGAAAGUGUAAUUUUCUCCUCACUCUACAAUACCGCCUCCGGUUUGACUGUUAAACAAGUUGAAGAAAAUGAACUGUUCGAUUUUAGAGCAUUCCGCUUGGAUUGGUUCCGUUUGCAAACGUAUAUGAGUGUCAGUAAGGCAGUUUUACGCAUACAAGAGCAUAUCGAUUUGGCACGUCUGUUAGACUCGAUGGUAUUUCAUACACGUGUAGUGGACAAUUUGGAUGAAAUUCUAGUCGAAACAUCUGAUUUGAGCAUCUUUUGUUUCUACAGUAAAAUGUUUGAUGAUCAAUUCCACAUGUGUCUAGAAUUUCCAGCACAAAAUCGUUACAUCAUAGCGUUUCCUCUAAUAUGCUCUCAUUUUCAAAAUUGUACCCACGAAAUGUGUCCAGAGGAGAGACAUCACAUACGUGAAAGAUCUUUGAGUGUUGUGAAUAUAUUUUUGGAGGAAAUGGCCAAGGAGGCAAAGAAUAUAAUAACUACCAUUUGUGAUGAACAGUGCACAAUGGCUGAUGCCCUGUUGCCCAAGCACUGUGCCAAAAUUUUAUCGGUACAAUCUGCCCGAAAGAAAAAAGACAAAUCAAAGAAACAAUUUGAUGAUAUACGAAAGCCAGGAGACGAAUCUUAUCGUAAAACACGUGAAGAUCUUACAACCAUGGAUAAAUUACACAUGGCUUUAACCGAAUUGUGUUUUGCCAUUAACUAUUGUCCCACAGUUAAUGUUUGGGAAUUCGCUUUUGCACCACGAGAGUAUUUGUGCCAGAAUUUAGAACAUCGCUUUUCGCGUGACUUGGUUGUUAUGGUAAUGUUUAAUCAGGAGACUAUGGAAAUUGCUAAGCCCUCUGAGUUGUUGGCGUCAGUUAGGGCCUACAUGAAUGUUUUGCAAACUGUGGAGAAUUACGUUCACAUUGAUAUGACUCGUGUUUUCAACAAUUGCCUGCUACAGCAGACCCAGGCUUUAGAUUCUCAUGGAGAGAAAACUAUUGCCGCUCUUUAUAAUACUUGGUACACCGAAGUUUUACUUAGACGUGUUUCAGCCGGCAACAUUGUAUUCAGCAACAAUCAAAAAGCAUUUGUACCCAUUUCCCCAGAAGGUUGGGUGCCUUUCAAUCCCCAAGAAUUUUCAGAUCUCAAUGAAUUGAGAGCUCUAGCUGAAUUGGUGGGUCCCUAUGGCAUCAAGACCCUAAAUGAAACUCUAAUGUGGCAUAUAGCUAAUCAAGUGCAAGAGUUAAAAUCGUUGGUGGGCGUAAAUAAAGAAGUUUUGAUUACAUUACGCACCAGUUUCGAUAAACCGGAAGUUAUGAAGGAACAAUUUAAACGUUUGCAGGAUGUGGAUCGUGUUUUACAAAGAAUGACUAUCAUUGGUGUGAUUUUGUGUUUCCGCAAUUUAGUGCAUGAUGCUUUAGUGGAUGUUUUGGAAAAACGUAUACCUUUUCUAUUAAGUUCGGUUAAAGAUUUCCAAGAACACUUGCCGGGUGGUGAUCAAAUACGUGUUGCUUCUGAAAUGGCUGCUGCAGGUGGUCUUUUGUGUAAAGUGGAUCCUACUUUGGCGGCAACGUUAAAAUCGAAAAAACCAGAAUUUGAUGAAGGAGAACAUCUUACAGCUUGUCUUUUAAUGGUGUUUGUAGCCGUGUCCAUACCCAAAUUGGCACGAAAUGAAAAUUCGUUCUACCGUGCCACCAUUGAUGGUCAUUCCAAUAAUACUCACUGCAUGUCAGUCGCAAUUAAUAAUAUUUUUAGCGCUCUCUUCACCAUCUGUGGCCAAAGUGACAUUGAGGAUCGCAUGAAGGAGUUUCUGGCUUUAGCCAGUUCUUCCUUAUUGAGAUUGGGUCAAGAAUCGGAUCGUGAGGCUACACGUAAUCGUGAAUCCAUUUAUUUGCUGCUGGAUGAAAUUGUUAAACAAUCACCCUUCUUAACCAUGGAUUUAUUGGAAUCAUGCUUUCCUUAUGUUUUAAUACGUAAUGCUUAUCAUGCUGUCUACAAACAGGAGCAGAUAAUGGGUCUUUAAUUUGAGUAUUUAAACAUUAGUAUUAAGAUUGGAGUACACAAGGAAACAAAUUAUGUAUCAAGUUUUUAUAUGAUUUAAAUUUAAGAGAAAUAGUAAAAAAUUAAACAAGAUAUAAGUAUUAUUUUGUAUGAAGGGAAUUUAAUUUAGUUUGUUAAUUUUUGGAUUGUUUAUGGAAAAUUCGAAUUGCAGUUUAGAAUUCGCCUUCAUUUUGUUUGUAGUUUUUCAAUAUUCAAUAAAUAAAAAGAGUAAUAAAGUGUAUCCAUGUGAACCCAAAUUAAAAAUUCAUAUGCUUAAACAAAUAUUCCCUAAAGUUGACAUUAUAAUUUGUGUUUAACAUGUUCAAUAGUUAACGAAUAUUACAUUUAAAUAAAACAGAAAACGUGGUAAUACCAUAUUUUUUUGCAUCUUAUUUUAAAAGACAUUAUUAAAAGACAAAUUCAAAUGUUUUUAACAGCCUGACAAUGUUAAUUGUUAUCAUUCAAAACGUUUUUUCAUAGCUCUCUUUAUAAUCUAAUAAGGAGUUAAGUUCAUAUAUAAAUAAAAAAGUAUUACACACUGGAA